GCAGUAGGCUACGUGCCUGCGGAACUAGUAACAUCAACAGCUUGCCAAUGACAUUAUAUCAAUGUUUUGAAAAGGAAGCUAUUUUUAUAUGUAGAACUAAAGCAGUCCGCCAUGGUUGUUCGUCGCAGAUAGAUGGUAAGAUUUUUUUUUAUUUCAUUCAUUAUACUUGAUUUUAUGUUAUGUUAUUGGCAAUAUACCGCAAAUAUUUCCAGAGUCUUUUAUAAUAAGAUAAGAUUAGAUUCUUUUAUUGAUCCAAAGAAAUGGAAAUGUUUUUAUUGCAUUGUAAAUAUAAAUUUUCAGCACAUAAAUACAUAUUUUAAUUAUAUCCCAUUUUCCAACUCAAGCAAUUUAAGCACAAGACAUCUACAUUAAAUUAUUCUUCUAUUGUAUAAGAACAGCAAUUCAGUGAACUUUCUUAGUCGUAAUAGGGACUUAUAAGUUCUCAUUUAGAUUGUGUGACUUCUGGGGGGAGCACGCUUUUAUAGUUGUUCUUAAUGUAUAAUACUUCAAACUUAUAUAUUUAUUAAUUAAUAUAUAAAAUGUUUUAUUAUCUCAUCACUUUUCACUUACAAUUCAAUUUGGACUAGAUACCCCACAUCUUAAAACCCAAUGUUGAUUUCUUUCACUUAAUCGGAGUUGGGUGUUUAAGUAUAUUCAUCCUAUUCAACGCCCUUGAAAUUAUUUUUGGAAAAAUGUUUAAAAAAUAAUGUUCCUCUUACAGGAGAAUUUUAAUCCAUUUUAUUUUGUUUAUAGCUUUACUCUGUUUUGUUAAGGGCUACUCAAUUUCCUUUUUUGUCACACUUUCAAACCAAUUGAAAUCUAGUGUGUAGAUAGACUUUGUAGAUGUCCAAUAAUGAGUCAUCAUUUAAAUUAUCCCGUCUGGUCUAUAUAAGAGAUAUGGCAACCAGCCCAGGAGACAAAUGGCACCAUUUUUCAAGCAUGUAUUUAAAAAUUAAACAUCUCGAGAUCAGGUUGUUGUUUUUUCGAUUAAUAUCAUAUUUUUUUUUUUAGCUUUUGAAAACAUUACUUCUUUUUUUUUUCUUUUAAAUUACCAAGUAGAUUAUUUGGGGGGAAUAUGUAUUAAAGUAGAUGCAAUAGUUUGACAUCAGAAACCAUAUGUUAAUUACUUUGUAAUUUAACAGAAUAAAGUUAUAUUAGUUUGACAUUUUUAAAAUACUUUCAAUCCAUUUUUUAAGGAAUUUUUAUUUCUUCAUAGUAUAUAUAUUAGGUAGCUAUAUUUGGUCUAUAAACAUUUCAACUAAUCUGGGACCAAAAUCAUACCACAGGGGUGCCACAACUGGGUGAUAUUGCGAUUAUGUAAAGCAGGGCGCCAAAAACAGUGUUUCCCCUGAUUACUAAUUUUCGCGGUGAUAAAUGCACUGCCCCUCACCCUUUUGGAACAAUAUGUCAAAAAAGAGGCACUGCAUCUGUAUAAACUCUAUUGAAGACAUUUCAAUAUUUUUUUAAGACAGUAUAAAAUCAACGGUCAUUCUUUUUUUUCUUUUUUUUAUCUGACAAUUAUUAAUGUGAAUGUGUGUACCUAAUUUUAUGAGUUCAUUUAUCGCAGUAUCAAAUCAGCGGUCUUAAUAAUGGCCGUGAAAGACUUUCUAGAAUGUGCAACAGCCCUGUCAUACAUCCUUCUUGACGAAAUAGAUGAUGAUGACCUGUAUAUUGUUCAUGACAUUGACUUAUCAGAGUUUGAGGAAAGUCCUCAUUUUAAAAACUACUCUCUGGAGUACGUUUUAGGAGAACUUCAUGGUUUUAAGGUCAAAACGUGUGUUGAAAAAUCGAGUCAGGAUUGUUAUUCUAUAUAUAUCAUUUUAUCACAAAGCCAAGUCAAUUUUGAUACAAUAUGGCCGGUCUACGUUGAAUGGAAAUUGUAUGUUAUUGACGAAGACAAAGAACAGGCACUUCAACUACAGCGUAAUGGCAUGGACUUUCAAAAACUACACCAAGAAAAACCUGAAGAAUAUAUCUUCAAAUUAGACAGAACAAGAGCAGAGAUAAAAGACUUUAUAAAAGAUGAUACAAUUUGCUUUAGGUGGACGGUAAAACUGCUGACACACCAAAAGUUAAAUGUUGCGACAGUCCCAACAGGUGCAACACAAGACUCUCCAUUUCAAAUAACAGACUUUAACAUUCACUUGAAUUCCCUAAUCUCUAAGGUACAAGUCUUUGGUGAGAGUUUAAAAAGCAACAUAUCUAGAGAGGAUCUGGGUCACAUAGCCAUGGUUGUUUCAGAAUGUGAACAGGACGACUUGAAGUUGGAAAAAGUUGAAAAUACGUAUCAUGAGAUCAAAGGAAGAGUAGAAACAUUGAAAGAAAAAUUUACUGAGCAAAAAGAAGAGUUAGCCCAGUUUAUGUCAGAAUGGGGUGAUUGUUUAAAGAAGGAAACGGUGAACGAAGAAGAGGUAAAAAGUUCCCUUAAAGAUAUAGUCAAGACCUGCCAGUCGUGUGGAAGUCUGCUGGAAAAUGAAGGACCUAGCGAAGGUAUGUAUUAUGUUACUAGAUCCAUGCAACGUGUGAAUCUCGAAAACUUUUCAUAUUCACAUUUUUUAAAAUAUUAUAUCACAAGUAAGAAUUCUAUAGAUAUAUAUGUUUGUUUGGCCGCAAAGAUGUGUUCUAAUAAACAGGAAAUAUAAAAUUGAAAGAAUUUAAUGCCUUACUUGGGAUUAUAAAUUGCGUUCAUUUCUUGAAUGGAUGUUUUCUCAAGUUAAUUUAAUAGAUGCUACCGUUUUGAGGGUUUUUUCUUUAGUUUGAAUUCACAAUUCAACGCUAUUCAUUUGUUGUUGUUUUUUUUGGUGGAUGUGUAUGUUUCUGUAUAAAAUUAUACAAUUUCUUUAAAAAUAUAAUUGAAAUCUGAAAAUUACUAAAUAUAACUGCUUUUAAAAUAGUUUUAAAUUUUUAAAAAUGAUUUAAUCAAAUAAAAUCCUUUAAAAUGAUUUGAUUAACUAUCUAUUCAAACAAAUAAUUAUUUACUGUUUUAGUUUGAACAUAGUCUACUACUAUUCUAAAAUUUGUUGAUUUAAGACAUAGUGUUAUUUUUUAUAAGUAUGCCGAAAUCCAAACUAUAAUUCACCAAACAUGUAAAUUUGAAUUUAUUUACAUUACAGCACAAGCCAGUUUGGAUCUUGCUGAAGAAAGCAAAGGUUUGAUUUUACUACUUAUUUCCCAAACAAUACAAAACAGAACAUUUCUUGGUGGCAAAGUAUUCCUAAAAACAUUAUUUCUAGAACUGAGUUUUUUAAUGGGCUUGUAUGAACUCAGUUGUGAUUUCCGUCAAAUCUCACGAGCGAACAAAAGUGACAUUUGGUCUAAACUCAGAAAAGACUGCCUUUUUAAAAAUCUUUUCAAAAUUUUAAGAAGUAAUCCCCUUUAUAUAUAUAUAAUUAAAAAUAUUUUAAAAAUAUUAAAAAAUAAUACCCUAUAUAUAUAUAUAUAUAUAUAUAUAUAUAUAUAUAUAUAUAUAUAUAUAUAUAUAUAUAGAUAGAUAUAUAUAUAUAUAUAACGGUGAUGUUAUUUAAAAGCUAUUAAUGUAUUAUUUAAUUUUAUAAUUUAAUGACAUAAAUUCAUAAAUUUUAAUGUGUCUUUUAAUGUUUGAAUAUACUGUUAUGUAGCUUGGUGUAAGAAUAUAAACAUCAUAUUUGUUCUUUUCUUAUAGAAGAUGCAAAGAUGAGCAAAGACCUUAACUUCCUUUUGAUUGGUGAAAGACAUAGUGGGAAAAGUGCAACUGGAAAUUCUAUCCUGCAAACGAGGAGUUUUGAGUCUGGAAUGAACAAAACAUAUUCAAGGCCACAAAAUAUUCAAUGCUCUGCAUUGUUGGAUGCAAGUGAUACCAAAAUAACAGUCGUAGAAUCAUACACAUGCAUGCCAAAAGAUAUGAUGGCAGCGUUGAAGUUAUGUAAAGAUGGUUUCGAUGCUAUUGUAAAUGUUGUCAAAUAUGAGAAGCUCUAUAAGCAGACUCACAUUUGUUCAAGAACUCGAAAAAGAGAAGAUGAGCAUUUGCCAGUUGCACGCGUGAAAGAUGAAGCAUUAAAACAUUUUGGUGUUUUGUUAAUAACAGGAGGUGACAGUUUCCAAAUUGACAACCCCGGUAGAAAACUAGAGGAUUUUGCUUACCAAUGGGUCGAAAAAUAUCGACAGUUGGAAAGAUUGGUCAACAAAAGAGUUAUUGUAUUUGAUAAUACCACAACUUCUAAAGUGAAAAGGGCUGGACAAUUAAAAGCGCUUUUAGAAACAGUUGAAAGCUUGAAAUCAAGGCCUUCGCGUCUCAACGAAGAUACGUGCAUAGAGUACGGGCUAAAGUUAUUGAAAACUCAUCUCGAAGGUUUGCACAUUUUAACUGAUUAUAGAAGGUUGCUGAAAAUACUUGAAGAAUUUUCUUUUUUUAAAGACUGCACGCAGACAUUGAUAUGGAAAAGUUUGCAGACCAUAAAGUAUGCCCUCCAAUCCAUGGAAAGUACUUCCAGAUUUCGUAAGUAUAUUGAUUUAUAAAAAUAAAAACAAGUUUUUCCAAAAUUAGCCAAAUAAAUGGAAGAAUUUUGUCAAUAAAUACUAAUUUAAAAUAUUUUUUUGUGUCUGAAAAUCUCUCUAGAUUCUAGAGUCUGGAUAAAAAAAAACCGGUACCUAACGUUUUGGCGCCACCGUUUUGACGCAGAGCCGUUUUGGCGCAGGUCAUUUUGGCGCACAGAUGGCCUAAGCCAUUAUUGACCGUUCCUGCUUAAUCAUGCGUGCGCUUCGCAUUUAUAAAAGUGCAAGAGUGUUCUAGACUAAAAUCAUAAGUUAAGUAGUUUCAUAAAUAUAUCACCUAUUAUAAUUCUGUUAAACCAGUAAAAUGGAAAAUGUUACAUCGAGGCAUGGUAAAGAAAAGUUGAAUCACGAAGGAUACUGUUAUGUGUUCGAUAAGUUUAGUGCAGACGGUUAUAAACGUUAAGUUAAAUAAAAAGUUAUUUUUAAAUGGCACCAAAAUGUCCUGCGCCAAAAGGGUCGAGCCAAAACGGUAGCGCCAAAACGGUAGCGCCAAAACGGCAGCGCCAAAACGGCAGCGCCAAAACGUCCUGCUUCGAAAAAAAAGUUCAUUUCUUUUAUGAAGAGCCCGGUCUUCUUACUUUGAUUAGUGAGAAUUUCUUUGCAUUUGGUUAACAGUAAUUCAUAAAAUUCAUGUGAAUUUUAAAUUUAAACAAAUACCGUGUAACUCUGAAGUGAGUCUAGGUAAUUUUCUCUAUAACUAAUUAUAAGUUAGUUGGACUUCAAAAUAGCUUUCAAGUAGAUGAAUAAGACAUACACAUACACACAUACAACAUAUAUGAAAAAUUAGCUAAUGUAGAUUCAUUGCGCUCAAUGCAAUAGAAAGACAAAUAAAAUUAACCAAAGUGCACCAAACAGCUUGCUGAUGUGUGUCCAAUAUGCAUUCAAGAUAACAUCAUACUUGAGGGGGGAAAAUGGGAUUCUUUUUUCUUCUUAUAAUGAUGGUGAAUUUUGCUUUUUUUUUAAGGAAAUCUAAUAAUUUUAAAAGUGAUAAACUAAAUCUGCUUAUAUUUUUAAUUAAAUAUAUGUAAUCUUCAAAAUUUUAGCCCUAUUAUUUUAACUUAGAAAUAAAUUUAAUAUAAUAAUUUUUAAAAAUAUUUAAUUUUUUUAAUUCAUUUUCAAAAUAAAUUUAAAACUUCUUUUUCUCAACUGGAAUCUCGUCAAGUGGAAAGAUUCGAUUUCCAUAUAAAAUACACACAGUUUUUCCUCUCCCUCAAAUAUGGUUUCUGAAGAAAGUAAAUAAAUGAUUGCAUAAUGUACCACUCACUUUACCACACAAUGUAUACAUUUUUUCAAUAAUAGUUCAACGUAAAUGUCCAUAUUUUUUUUUUAAAAACAUUGUUAUAAAUUUUAAGUAAAAUACAUCCCGAAUAUAACAUCUGUAACAUAACUGGUAUAAAUAUCCCCCUCCUAAAAAAAUAAAUUUUUCUUUGCCAUUGAAAUGUACAAAUAUUAAAUGAUAAAAUACAAAGCAUCACAAUUUAUUAUCAAUUAUCUAUGCAUUUCUACCGAUUGUCAUGCAAUUUUGAAAAAUGUUCUGAAAUGUCAGUUCCGAAUUUUUUGUUAUUAAAUUUGCUAAAUUGAAUUAUGUUUUGAAACAAAAAAAGUUAAACUUUUUCAAUGUUAACGAUGCCAAGCUUAAAUUAUGUGUUAUAUUUUAAGAUAAUAGCCCUCUUAAUUAAUUUUUUAUUAGAUUAGUCAUAAUUUUGUUUCAAUGGGAUCAACAAAAAAAUUAUUUGACAUUCUUGGAGUAAUUUAAGCCAUUAUUUGAUAGUAUACAUUUUAUUUUAAUUUCAAAGUUUUGACAAUGCAAUAUUUUUUUUUUUAAACUCAAAUUUCGGGGGUUUCCAAGCAUGCUUCUGGUGCACUUGCGUAUCGGGUCACUAAGUAUUUAUUUUACUUCGUUUCAUUUAAUAGUAACGUCCUGUUCAGAGGGAACAGUACUAAACUGAAUAAUUUCAAAGUCAUGUCGCUUGUUCUAAGCGUAUUUGAAGAUGUAUUUAACACCUUUAAUCGAGUUACAUAGCUCUAUGUUAAUGUAUUUCAGAGAAAGGUAUAGGUUGCAGUGCCAUCUUAAAAUAUGGUCCCACUGGGCACUUGCCUAGGGCAUCAUGCUCCUAGGAGACCCAUCUUUUAGAGGCAUUAUGCUUUACAUAUUGCUAAUGAAUGGUGAAAUAUUUUGGAAAUUUAUUUUGAUUUAAAAUUCAGUGGACAGCACUUCUCCAUUUUAACCCACAAUAUUAUUGGCACAUUCCAAAAUAAUAUGAUAAUGCGAAUCAUAAGUUGGAUACUUCUUAAAGGGAACAACUCUCGUUAACAAGUUUUAGUUCUGCCAGAUAUUUAACAGAAAACUAAGUAAGAAUGUGUGCUUACAAUCAUGUUAGACUAAUAUGUUAGUCCCGGGCGGUAAUAACCCUAGCUACGCCACUGCUCAGUAGUAAAAUUAGUGGAUAAAAGCGGUGCCGUCAUAAGGCAUGUGUACACAAUGUGCACUGGGCCAGGGUCUCACGCCUCUUGGUGGCCUCAUGAUCAUGCUCAGGGGGGUCUCAUUCCUCUAUUGGACAUCAUGCAUCUUGGAAACCUUACGCCUCUUUAAAACCUCCCGUCUCUGGGUGGCCUCAAAUUUCUAGGAGCAUUAUGCUGCCAAUAUUAUGAGUAUUAUUAGUGGAUAUUGACCUAUGUCGGGAUAUUUAUGUUGCUUUUAUAGAGUGACAAGACCGUUUCUCCGGUAUAUUUAAACCAGAUUUUUUUUAUUCUCACGUCAAUACAAUUUUUUGCUUCUAGCGUUAAAAAAAAAUUCUUUUGAUCAAUUAUCAAUUUAAAGAUCCAUUAAUCAGUUUCUCGAUGAAGGGUUGGCGGAGGAGUAAAUCAAAGAGCCUUACAAAAGGGAAACAAAAUUUCUUUAUUUAGUAAUUUAAGUGAAGAAAGUUAUAGUAGUCAGAAAUUCUAAAAAUAAUUUUUGAUUUGCUGCAUUAUUUUGGAAAUUCAUGCUGUCUCGUAGUAAAUUUCUACAGUGUUUUUCUCCUUUAUUUGAAACUGUACAUUUUGGGAAAGCCUUCUUAAGUUUUUAAUUAAAUCAAAAAGGAUAAUUAUAAUGACAUAUUAAUAGUUUGUUUGUCCCUUUUCAUAGUAACAAUCAACUGUUUUGAACGGAUUUUUUUAUUCGUUGAAUUAGUUAAAACAAAUAAAGAGUUUCAAAUAAAAUUACGAAACAACGUUACUAUUUAUAUAUGACCAAUAAUAAAAAAGAAUUGUGUUGCUCAUGCGUGGUCAAGGGAAACUAAAUUUAUCUAGCUUCUUUUCUGAUGCUAGAUGGUUACGUGUAAAAUGAUCGAAAACUAAACUCCCGAAUGCGCCAUAAUGCAUCCCAUCAUUUCGAAUUUAAGAAACAUUUGCGAGGGAAGGGCUUACUGAGACCUCACUCCAAACCUUUCCCCCAGUUUCGUUGGCACCCAUGAUCUCUUCUCCCUCCCCAAUAAAAGUUACAGUACCGACACAUUAUAAUCUAAUAAAAGCGCUGAGUACAAACAUUGACUUUUUUAACGGACAAAAUUAUGAUUUUCCUCGCAGAUUUGCAUUUUGACUAUAUUCUAGGAACGAAAGAAUGAUUUUCGUUUAGUUUGGUACGAUGAAGUCAGAACUUGCCCUCGACAUCAAAAUGCUUAAUUAUAUUCUUACGGUCAUGAGUAUAUAGAGGGUAAGGGGCCUCAGUGCAUUACUGUGCCCAGAGCCUGAACUACUUUAAAGACGAUCCUGAUGGGUUGUAUGACAACACCUAUCUGUUAUCCACCAUGGUUUCUUAAAUACAACACAGUUACCCUCAUCUUGGGGUUGAUAUUUUGGGUAAGAAUUACCAUCUAUUUUGGUCUCGACACAAAAAUCUCUUUUGAAUUCAUUUGUGCAUUUGUAGUUUUCCCAUACACGGUGUGUUUGGAUUUAAUGGGGACCACAUUGAACUUGUAUCAAACAGACUUUUACGAUUUCAUUUUGCCUCGGAUGGGCGUCCAUAGCAGAGAGUUUUACCCAUAUAAUUUUGUCGAUUCUUUCAUUCUCCCAGGUUUUUUCUUCCAGGGUCAUAAAUAUGUGCCUAUGUAGACCACGUUUUUUGAAAAUCGAUAAAAAAAGUAAGGUUUGCCAUGUUUCUAGACCAUGGCCAUAGCAAUUUAGAGCUGUAUUUCUUUAAUUCCCCAUUAAGUUGGAAGAUAAUAUAAUUUUCUUUCAAGAAAAAAUGCUAACUUCAAAAUUGUGGUUGUUGACAUUUCGGUGUAGAACAUUAGAGCCUUCAGCCUUCUUAUCGUGUUUUAAUUUUUUCGAAACCAAUUCAAACGUUUUGCUUUAGUCUUGCAAUAGGCAUGGUAAUGAAUUGGUGAGGAAGAAUUCCUGCGUUUUGGACCUGUUUAAAUUUUCCACUAUGAAUAGCAAAAUCGUAGGAAAGCCAUUGAAGCUGGGACACAUUUCCUUUACCAACAGCUUCUUUAGCUCUGUGACUUAUCCUGAAUCCUCAUACGGAGAAAAAAACAAGGAUAUCACAUUGGGUCACAGAAUCUACUCAGGAUUAAUAUAUUUUCAAAAUAUCUGCUUUUCUAGGGAUGCAACAUCCACACUUUAAAAAACGGCAGCAAUUUCUUCUCUGGCAGUGGCUUCUUCCGACUUGCACAUUGUUUAAUCUUUCUCUCAAGCCUGUUAUGCUAUAUUCAAUUGUCAUUCGGUUUCCCGAUUAACCUUUAAAAUUUCGACUUAUACCAAUUGGAGCAUAUCUCUACCAUGAACGUCACUAAUGCAAACUACAUAGAAACAUCUAUACAAAUAAUCUCUAAACCAAAUACGCUCACUAAAAAAUAGCUAUACCGAUAUUUGACACACUACGCAGCGCCUUAUAUUAUAUAUAGAGAGACAGACAGACGGACGGACGGACGGAUGGAUAGAUGGAUAGAUGGAUAGAUGGAUGGAUGGAUGGAUGGAUGGAUGGAUGGAUGGAUGGAUGGAUGGAUGGAUGGAUAGAUGGACAGACAGACAGACAGACAGACAUUCAGUGGUGGCGCCUUCGCCAAAGCAGCGACCACAUCAAAUAUAUUGUCUGGCCUCUAAAUAGAGACAUUUAAUUUACACAGAUAUAGACUUUAUGCCUAUUGCUAUAACAGAUAGACCUGUUCCAGCUGAAACACUGUCUCUAGCUGCGUCUUCUUUAGAGAGCCCAGCUACAUCAUCUUUUCCCUUGGCCAUUAAUUUGCCAAAUUUUAAUGGUUAUAACUUAAUAUUUGUUAACACCAGCUGCAUUCUUUGACUAAUGUUCAGCCCAUUUCUCGCAACUCUCCUACAAUCAAACAGGAAAUGACAUUGCAGCAAAAUGUAUGUACAAUUUAAUUUACCCUCGUAUUCCUUGCUACUCUGUGGUACUGAUGAAGGUAUUAGCCUAAACGUUUAAUUUGUAUGGUUUUUUUUUUUUCAAAUAAUGUUAGUUUACAUAGACUGCUUUAUGUCCCUGAAUUGUUUUGAUAUCAUGUAUUCACUUUUCUGUUUCGUAUUGUUACAAUAUUGAAACAUUCAUAAGUUCUUUAAAAUGUAUGUACAAUUUAAUUUACCCUCGUAUUCCUUGCUACUCUGUGGUUCUGAUGAAGGUAUUAGCCUAAACGUUUAAUUUGUAUGGUUUUUUUUUUUUCAAAUAAUGUUAGUUUACAUAGACUGCUUUAUGUCCCUGAAUUGUUUUGAUAUCAUGUAUUCACUUGUCUGUUGCGUAUUGUGACAAUAUUGAAACAUUCAUAAGUGCUUUUGUGCCUGGAGAUGACAUUAUAUCCAGGAAAAAAAAACAGCGAUCGCUAUUAUUAUUUUAGUUUUAAGCAAAGGUUUUACAAAAUAAAGGCGUACAACCUUAUUUUUAAGUUGAUCUAACUUCAUUUUAAUCUCGGAGAUUGGUUCUUGUCUUUCAUACUUCAAACACUCAUUAUAAAAAUUGAUUAGACAUUCUUAAUUUGUUAAAAAUUAUUACUAACCUUUUUUAAUUGACUUAUUUUUUUUAAUACAUAAAAAUAGUAUAUAUACAUAUAAUAUAUUUAUAUAUAUAUACAUAUAAUAUAUAUAUAUAUAUAUUAUUUUAGUGAUAAGGUCAUGUUAUUAAAAUGUUUUAUUUUAGUUUUCAUUAACACAACUGAGUAGGUGUUUUUUCCCCCUCGAAUUAAGUCUUAUUGCAGAGCAACCCUCUUUUAACUCAACGUUGAACUGAAACAUAUGUCACUUCUAGUAGUAUUCUCCAGAUAUUAUUUAUCUCGCUCUUUUGUGAGACUUUUUUUCUAUUACUUUUAUGAACACUUCCUUUUACAGUGAUUGAAUUCUUUUUUUUUUUCAGAUGAUUUUAACUACUCUUAUAAAGUUUUGCUAAUAGGAAAAUCUAGUGAAGCCUUGGCCUCUACCAAAUCCUGCAUUGAGAACAUGGGAAUUUCAACGGAAUACUCACAUAAUCCUAAAACUGAAAUUUAUGUAAAGAGAAACAAUGCUGUACUUCUUGUUAAAUCGUGUGUCAACAGUUCAGAUGAUGAUGAACUUGACUGGAAGGAAUUGAAAUCUCAAUGCUUACCCGCAUUGAAAGAAAAGGGAAUUUUGAUUCUUAUAGAUGGGAGCAAAUUAAGCUUAAAUAAAACAAAAAUUGAAAUAGCUGAAUGGUGCCGCCAAGAGACAGGUUUGAUAAGUGAAAUGUUCAAGUCUUGCUCUUUCAGGGUUGUUCUGUUGGAAUAUAAUACGACUGACGUAUUAGUAAACUUAGAACAAGAAGCGGAAUUAAUCAAAUAUAUUAGCCACUUCCUAACACACCCCAACGUAUAUCACCCCACUUCAGAUGAUUACCUCAUGGGUAAUCCCGGACCAUUAAAACAUUAUUUCGAUCACUCAAAACCCCUGUCUCCCUAUUAUCCACAAGUUGCACAUAAUCAAAGUCAGAUUCCUAACCGUUGGCACCAUUCACUCAGGAAAUCCAUAAAAUCUCCAGAAGACACAUUAAAACAAAGCUCUAUUGAACGAAAAAUGGAAAACAUUCACCUACCUGAGCCGGGCCUCUCUUUUUUUUCAAGCAGUAGAUUCUACUCAGGAGCCGAGUUGGGGGACAGGGGGAAUAAAUCCACUUGACGGGUUUUGAAUUUCUAAAGGUAAUUUGGGAAAGGAAAAAAAAAUAAUAUUGUAUUUGCUGUGGUUUGAACGACAAUCACAUUUUCACCACUCAACCAUCAAGUUUCAGUCGAUUUGUUGAUUUUUAAUUAUCUAAUAUAUAAAUGAUGUUCAGUCUAUGUUUGUAAUGUGUCAAUCGAACACAAGAAAACUAAACAAUGUAUCGAAUUCCAAUUUGACAUGGUUAUUCCUCUUGCCCUGGAUAGUUUGUUUAUAAUCCGUUAAUCUCAAGGUUUUUAAUUUUAUAAAUCGUAAAAUGUAGUGGCUGAAGAGUAAAGGUAUAUUUUUUUUAAAUUUCAAAUUCAAUGGCUGCAGAACAAUCGUAAGUUAGUGAUUUAGCCCAAAAUCAGCUUUUUAGUCAAAUUACGUCCCUGAAUGGAUGGGUGCAUUUUAUGAGGACAGCAAUGUUUCAAAGACAUUGUUUUUUUAACUUUCCUAUUCAUGUUUCUUAUGUUCCUUUAGGUCUCUAUGAUUACCUCAAAUGUUUGGAAAUAUGAUUUAAAGUUUCAAAUGUGUGUAGGAGUUUCAACAAUGUAUUUUUCUCACAAUAGCGGAAUCUAUAGCCCUACAAAAAGCUUGGGUUAUAAUGAAAGUUUAUUCGUAGUUUGUUGCAUAGAUCAAACUUGGUAAAAAUAUAUUUCAUGAACGCUUUCAAAGUAUUGGUGGAUUUCAUGAAAAAUAAGAUAUACCUUGUUUUGUUAAAAAAGGUGGAGGGCCUACGUCAACCAAUUAAUUUUAAUGGAACAAUUUGUUAAAAUUAUGUUUGUUCGUGAUCCAACCUAAAAAUGAAAUUUACGAGUCUUUAAUUGGUAAACCAUGGAAUUUUUCAUACAUUGUACACAUUCAUUUUCAGCUCCAAAAUAAAUAAAAUUUUCUACCAGACAUUUUACCAUUAUAACAAUUUAAACUCAAGACAUCUAACGUAUUUCUUUAGCGUAGAAAUCCGCCAUUAAUGAACGACAUUAGUGACAAUAUUUAUUUGAUUAGUGAUCAUUUAGCUUUGAUAGGAAAGCUUACGUUUUCAUGGGGAUUUUUCUUAUAUGAGCUGUAAACAAAAAAUAAAGCAAAUGGAUAGAUGAAGAUGAAAAUUUGUACAAAUGCACUUGAAAAUUUAAAAUGAAAAAAAAAAACUGGAUUGUUUUGAACUCUUAAAAUUCACAUUCUUUGGGGUCAGGGAUACAAAUUGAAUUUCCAUAACAUGCGCUAUAUGUCUGACGUUUUUCCACCGAUUUUUAAUUUUUCUUUAGACUUUUACUUUAUUAUUUAUCUAGUGAAUUUUUCAGGGUCCCUAUUUUAGUGAUAAAUAAAUCGCCACGUUAUAGAAAUUGUCCCCCACCUUCGCCCUUAUUUUAACUUUAAUGAAAACUAUAAAGAUACGAUAUUUUGUUUUAGAUGCUUUGAAAAAUCACUGAAUUUAAUGAUCUGAAUGAUUGAAAAAUAUGAAUAAUUACCGAGCUAUUAUCGAAAUUGUAUUUUUUUUUUCAAUAUAUUUAUUAAAUUGUCAAAAAAUUAUAAAAUGUUGAAACUGAUUUUUUUUUAUUUCUUGUAUUCAUAGUGAACUCUCCAAUUAAACACGACGCAUAUUGUGUUUUUUCAGGAUUCUCUUUGGGUUGGGGGUUGGGGGUGGACAAUUUAAGUAAGCUCCUGGCACAUAAACAAAAUUAUUUUUUAUAAAGCGAUAUUUCCAUUUUAAUUUUUUUUCUUCUUCUACUUAUAUUUGAGGGGCCCACGAUCAAUUCGUUUAUCUUUUUUUUUUCAUCUAAAGAGUAGUAAAUGGUUUCUUUCCCUAAUUAAAAGGAGAGGAGCUUUCGGAAAAAUGAGAAUCUUUAUGCUCGACAUAUUUGAUGGUGUUCACCUAAGAAUAAGCCUGUAUAUUUUAUUAAAUUUCAACUAUUUUUUAUCGCUGUCAAGGCCUUUAUUUAAAUAAAAUUAAUAUAUACGAAAAUAUAUGCGUUGUUAGAUGUUAAAGUAAAAAAUACUUUUAUUUAAUUAAUUUUGCUUGAGUCAUUACAACAAAUUAAAUGUGUAAUUUCUCCCGCAGUGUGGUUGUAUUAUGCUCAGUUGUAUAAUUAUUUGUCAUAAAUAGAAACAAUUAGGACUUAGAAAGUAUAAUAUUCAGAAAAGUAUUAUUUUAAUUAAAAUAGAAACAUUUCGCAAAACUUUAAAUGACUAUUAUGUCUCUCAAUUAGGAUGGUGUUAUACUGAGUUAUAAUUAUUUUAAAGUAUUUUGUAAUUUAUGUGCUAUUACUUUUGUCACAUAUGUCUAUAAAAAAAUGUAAUAAUAUAUAUGAACAGUUUUAUACAAUAAAUUUUGAUUAAAUACCUUGUUUGAAAUGUCUGAUUUAAUUGAUUUUAUUUUCAUAUUCCACCACAUUUCAACUGUAAAAAAAGUUUCUAUGCAGACUUCCUGGAUGCAGUAGUGAAUUAUCUAAUUGAUACAUUAUUCGAAUCAAUGUAGACAAUGUAUUCUUAACUCAGAAUGUUAGAAAUAAUUUUAAAUCUAUAAUAAAAAUAGAAAACUAUUUCAUUUUGUGCUAACAAGUCUGACAAGCUUUCAUUAAUGUAUCUACUACGUGUGUAGAAAAUAAAUAUUGGUUCCUUCGGUGAUGUUUUAUUGAUUCCAUGCCUCCCAUUGCAUGACUUUCACUUUUAUUUUCAUGAAGCAUGAGCGAUUAAACGAUCUUCUUUUC